AUGAUGGUUCCUUGGUACCCGACUUUGGGAAAUCAUGAUUGGGCGAUGCUACCGGCAGAUACUGAAGGGGAUCGAAAAGGGAAUGGAUGGGCGCAGAUUGAGUACAGUGCUCAUGGCUCUGGCAGAUGGACCUUUCCAGAUCUCUUUUACACCAUCGAAUACACAACGUCCGAUGAUACGAAGGUCAAAAUCAUCAUGAUUGAGACGACUUCUCUUACUGGCAUUCACAGUAGCAAGAAACCAGGCCCAGAUCGGACUGAUCAAAACUGCAAAAACCCGUACAACUUGGACUGCGAGCUAAAACGACUGAACCCACUUUUUCCCGAGCUCGUAGAAUGGGCUUGGGAAUGGGUUGAAAACGAGCUUGAGAGUUCUGGCGAUGUUGACUAUCUGUUCGCAGCGGGACAUUAUCAAAUUGUCGAAACUGGUGGCAUCUGGGACUAUCAGCUCUUCCGUCAUCUCGACCCGCUUUUUGAGAAGUACGGAGUUCAAGCGUAUUUUCAAGGGCACCGGCAUACACAUGAACAUGCAACGAGAUCACCAAAGAUUCAACCAGAAGGUCUCGACUUUGAGCUGCCAGGGUCUGUGCAUUACAUUACCACAGGAGCAGGAGCCCAUUAUGAUACAGAAACAAUGCUAUUUGAGCAGUACUUGGGCCAGGAUAUUCCGACUCGAUCAGGCUGCCAUCCAAAAUUCGAGAAACAAGGAAAUGAUAUGGGAGAAGCUAUCUGCUACUAUUAUUGGGCGAAUCAAAAUAGCUCUAAGCAAGAAGAUGGCGGUUUCGUCUCAGUAAAAAUCACAAAAGAAAAAGCGAUCGUACGAAUGAUCACUUCCGAAACAUACUCUGAUGAAAAUGGACGAUCAAUCGGACAUGAGUUUGAAAUUCUUCCCCGAAACAAAUAA